AAAAGGCUAACCGUAGGGAUAGACAGCCUGGGCUGUCACAGAAAGUAGUUCCGUUAUCGCGGGUCGCUGUGCUCGCUGGGCCGCCUGCAACUAGCGGCAGCUUCCCUCGUAGCCCAGGAGGAGGCUGUUGCAUUGCCUGAGGCAGCGAGGGAGAGGUCUGCGGGAUUUCAGGGUGCGAGCAGACACGCCCGGGUCAGCGGCGGAGCGAUUCGUGGCUACUCCACGUGGGGGCGGGGCCACGGUUUGAAUCGGCGCGGGGCGAGUGUGGGACUCCGGGGCCGGCAGGCGGCGGCGGCCAGCUCUGCAGGUUCGUGCCCAGUCAGCCCUAAGGCCCCCACGCCGGGCCUGAUCUGGGUGCAGCUUUCACAACAAACCCAGGCGCCGAGGGCCACCGAGGUGGGCGUGAGAGGACCUGCCCAGGGAGGGUCUGGAGCUCGCACAGCUGCUUCCGAGAGCGAGCACCCCGCUGCUGGAGACGGCCAGGAAGAUCAUCGGAGAGCGUUAGCGUGACCCUGGGCUCGGCCUUGUCUUGUUCUUCGCAGAAGCUUCCUCCAGUCUCUUGUUACUUUGAGCUCCGGAGUAUCCUGUCUGCGCGUGUUCCAUGCCCUGUGGGUUGGUUGUAUGGAUACAAGUUCCCAAGACAGCGGACCCCCUGAAACUAAGGCGUCUGCUGUUCAGAAUGCCGAAAACCCCUCUCUUGUUUUGGGAACUGGGACGCUUGCGACUCCUCAGAAGCAUACAGCAGAAGGGACCCCUAAUCUUUGCACACCACAAACUUUUAAAUCGCCUUUGAACUUUUCCACAGUAACCGUAGAGCAGUUGGGAAUUACACCUGAAAGUUUCGUUAAGAACUCUUCAGGGAAGUCAUCAUCCUACCUGAAAAAGGCCAGACGACGUUCUGCAGUCGGUGCACGGGGCUCUCCUGAAACAAACCACCUGAUUCGUUUCAUGGCUCAGCAACGGGCUUUAAAGAGUGCUGAGAAAUCUCCUUUGGUCCCAGGCUCCCCUUUGCAGGGCAGCCCUGGGGUGUAUCGAAAUGUGGGUUCAUUAAGAGAGCGAAUAUCUGCUUUCCAGUUAGCUUUUCACUCCAUCAAGGAAAACGAGAAAAUGGCUUCUUGUCCAGAGAGCUCAGCAGCAGAAGAAAGGCCUGGGAUGACGGGCUCAGAACCUGCUUUAUCCACCUCCACACUGCAGGACCCUUCUAAAAAGGAAGAUCAAGGUGGCUGUUGGCAGCCCGGAUUUCCAGGAGAGUUAUCCUCCAAACGCCGGAAGGUCUCUGCGGGUAACCCAGAGGACAAGCUCGGUCAUGGAGGGGCCGUGGGCAUCCAGAUACCCAGGGCCGGCGUGGAUGGAGCAGACGAUGUGGGAGCUUCCGCCGCUCUCGCCAAGAAACCGUCUGAAUAUGGUUUAACCCAGCCUGGAUGCAUAGUUGAAGAAGCUGUUCCCUGCCCAGCGCUCACAGAGGCCUCGAGUGGACUUGAGGUUGCAGAUUGGACGCAGCACAAAGGAUCCAGCGAUGCUGUUCCGCUUGACAUACUGGUGACAGAAGUGAGUGUGGCCACAGUCCCUGAGUGUAAGUCACCAGCCACGCCUGUGUGCAGGAGGGAGGUUCCACCCACUGAGACCUUUGUCCUCCGUUCUGUCUUGAAGAAACCUUGUGCGCAGCUGUCUCUAGAGAGCUUACAGGAACACCAAAACAACCUCUGUGAUAAUGGGAUGCAUCCAAGCUUAGCUUCAGAUCUUUUAAACUGCUGCAAAGAACAAAAAGCUGAAGAUCAAGACAAUUGUAGAGUGCCUGGUUUUCUAAAUAUGAAGAAGAGGAAGAGAGUUACUUUUGGAGAGGAGCUAAGCCCGGAAGUGUUUGACGAGUCUUUGCCAGCUAACACCCCGUUGUGUAAAGGAGGAACACCUGCCCGUCAGGACUUCAAUAGGAUCAGUCCCCAGCUGCCAGAGGAGUCACCAGUUCCUGAGCACUUGCCUCAACCAGAUUUUGAUGAUAAAGGGGAGAAUCUUGAGAACAUUGAGCCACUUGAGAUAUCAUUUGCAAUUCUGAGUCCUAUUAAAUCUUCAGUCUCUGAGACUCUUUCAGGCACUGAUAAUUUUAGUUCUUCAGAUAACUACCAGAAUAUAUCAUCCUGUAAAGUUGGUAAACCAACAUGGACUUCAAACAGAAGAAAUCAGUUGGCCAGUGUUACAGAAGAGAAUGUUUGCAACUUAUUUAACGCGGAAGCUCAGCCUUGUAAAGAAAAGAAAACUAAUGGAAGGAAGUCUCAACAAACCAAGUGCACAAACAGAGCAGUUUCUAAAAAGAAACAGGUUUGUAAAGGUGGCAAAAAGAAGAAAAGAAAGGGAAAGAAAAGUGUUGAGAAACGUUUGUAUGGAGAAAGAGAAAUUGCGUCUAAGAAGCCCCUCCUGAGUCCUAUUCCUGAGCUUCCCGAGGUCUCGGAGGUGCCGUUCGCAGGCAUCAGAAGACUGCAUGCAGAUGAUUUCAGCUCAACUGGCAAAUGGGGAGAAGCGGAUUUGCUUAAAAUCCCAAAAAGGAAUCCCUUGCUUUGGAACGCGGAUCUGCAUUCGCAGCAAGGCCUCAAUGGAACCGAUGCCUCUAAACUCUGCUGCUCACAUGUGACACGUUCGUCACUGCCCAUGGCCUCCUGUCACGAAGAUUCAGACACAAACAUGGACACCGGCGACAGCACAGCUAUUCCACAGGCGGAAAUCGAGCGGCAGUCCGAAAGCGAACUCGCAGCCGAGAUGGAGACAGCAAGCAGUCCUGCUUCCUGUGCUGCUGCGUCCAGAGAGCACGACGGGUCAGAUAACGGGAGACCUGGCUCUACCUCGCAGUGCCUGGAAGCCGCUGUCGCUGGUCCAAAUGCGGAAGGGCUUUGCCAGGUCUCGAAGGCCACAGAAGAUACAGACCUAAAGUCGGAGGAACAGAGCGACUUCUUAGAGGGCACAGAGGGAAAACCACAGUGUAAUUCCGUGUGUGGUUCAAAGAAAGAACCGGACUGUUUAGAAGAUGUCGUCACCAGAAACAGAAAAGAAUCUGCAAGCCACAGCCAGGACGUGGACAGUCGGCUUGCGGAAAGCGGGAGCGUGACAGGUCGUAGAGAAAGGAAACAAAGGUGCCGCUCUCUGUGCCACGCUGAUGACAACAUCUGCUCAGAGCAGAAUGGGCACUGCAGUCCUCCCUGCGGCGGGAGCGGCUCGGCAGGCGUUAGUCUCGGGAAUUGUGAACUGUACAGAGAUUUAUCCGACGCCAUUGAGCAAGCCUUUCAGAGAGCCGGCAGUGACACCAAGGUGCGGCGGAGCACGAGGCUGCAGAAAGAUUCGGAAACCCAGGGGCUGGUGUGGCUGUCGCUGCCGCUUCCUCCGGCUUCCCAGAAGACCAAGAGGAGAGCGAGCUGCUCGCUGGAUAGCAGGGAAUUGGAGAGUCUGCCCCUUAGGAAAGAGACCGGGUGCUCCACUCAGAGCACAGGCACCGAGGGGGAAGCCAGCAGCCAGGGCCCGGCCUCCUCUCGUUUGCCCAGUAAGAGGAGGAAGAGCUUCUGUGCCUCCGCGCUCUCCAGUGCCUGCAGCAGCGCUGGACCAGCCCUGGCCCCAGCCCUGGCCCAGAGAGGCUUCCCCCAGAAGGAGGAGGAGGAGGAGGAGGAGGCAGCCCAGAGCUCACCAGGGUCUGGUCCAGGCGGCAAGCAGAGCAGUGCUGACACCCCGGAGCCUUGGGCCGGGAGGUAACCUCAGCCCCCUCCUGUCUCCCCUCCUCCGUCCUCAGUUCAGCUGCCCUGCUCGCAAGUUUCAAAUAAAGUCAGCUGUGGUUUUCAGUAGAAACAAGUAGAUUUCUUCAUCAUUCCACAAUCAGACAUUCUCUUAAAUGCAUUCUCCCCCAAAAUGGUAAAUGCUUUUAUUAGUAUUUUGCUUCAAGUUGUUUUUAUACUCAAAACAUGUCUCUGAAUUUUUGUUCUCUGUAAGUUACAUAUUUAGCCCUGAAUGUAAAGAUUUUGCUGUAAAAAAUAGCCUUUAGAAUUGGCUGGUUCUAUCUCAAUAAACUACUUUUGCAGCAGAUAAUUUGAUAGAAAUAGUGGAACUUCAUGAAAAUGAAAACAGUAUAAAUUGAACACUUAAAAUGAUGUGAUAUAUGUGUGUGUUACUUUACAGCAGGGCAAAAAUGGUUAAAAUUCUUUAACAAAAAUGAAAAUUACAAAGCUUAUUUUGUGUGGGUUAAAUGUCAAGGAAGCUUUCAUGACUGUUGUUCUCAAAUGAAAGUUUUGCUUUAAUUGUCAAAAUAAAUGUGAAAUUUCAGAAAAUUCUUUGGAUAACUGGAAUAAUUAAUGUGAAAACACUGUUGUGUCAGGUUUGUUCUGUUUUGUUGAAUUGGAGGUGGGAGAGAGGUGUUUGUUGAAAGUCGAGCAGUUUAGUCUUUUUAAAGACUGGAUUCCCAAAUUAGUCACAGGUGAUUUGGGAUUGAAUUCAUGAUUUCCCAUAGAAGUAAUUUUGAAAGGCAAAAUGGGCACUGGAAAAAUCAGUUUACUAACAAGUAGCAGUGGUUGUUGGUCACUGAUUUCUUUUCCCACAGUGUUUCCCAGCAGCUCUUACCUUUUCCUCGAAUGCUACCGGGGACCAUCAACUUGUCCCAGUUUCUCUCGUCAUGCUUUUGCAAUAUUUCCCACGGCUGUUUUAGUGACAGCAGCUUGAAAACCAAAAUUGCUGUCUACCUGGAAUUUGCGAACCCAUAUAAAUCAUCGUAUCAUUAAAUAAUUGUCUCUGAAAUCCUUUAAAUCAUUAAGCUCUCCCUGGCCAGGAUAGCAGAAACAUGGUAACAAAUAGAGCGCCUAUAAAUAACACGACAGGGAAGAGAGCCCCUGCCGAGUGGCCCAUUUCCCCUUGUAGAGACUAUUUGUUACCUCCGCGGCACCGGCGGGUCUGGGACUCCUGCUGCUAAGACUGAUGUAUUUUACAUUAACACUCAAAGUGAUCCCCAAUUUCUUUUGCUCAAGGGUGGAUUGUGUAAAAUUUCUUUUAUCUUGCCAUGUAAAUUAUUUAUGGACUUUCCCCCUCAUUUAAGAGUUGGUAUGGUGGCCAAAUCAUUAGCACUGAAAACAAACUUUUUUAAGAAAAGAACCAAUUAUCUUAGGAGACUUAGUUUUGAUAGUUUUAAAAGAAAAACUUCAGAAACCUAAGUCUUAAAGGAUGUGAAGUUCUACAAUUUUUAAAUUUCUCCUUUGUUUACUAUGAAAGGUAAAAACUUGUUAUUUGGACCCCUUUCUCCUUAACGAUGACAAUAAAUCCACUAAGCUGUAUUUGACUUAAAUAUUUCACAGUUUGUUUGUUUAUUUCUCAAAAAGUGCUAAUGAAGAUGAAGAAACCAUUCUGACCUGUGCUUUUUUGCGUGGUUUUUUCUAAUGUAAACUUGUUCUCAUUUUCUGACACCCCCAGUUAAAACUACGAACACACUUUAUAAUCCUGUUGGUUUCAGGGUGUUUUACUAUAAAUAUCUGAUUGGCAUCUGUAAGUAUCAAAUGGAUAGUUUUCCUGAAAAAGAAGUCUGAAAAGUGAAAAUUUAGACAAGUUUUUCCUAUCAAGUCUCAUGUAUGUUAAAAGAUUUAUAAAGCUCGUUUCUGGAUUUGAUCGUGAUCACUUGCAGCUUCUUCACGGUUUUCAUUAAUAGUUAAACGUUUGGCUUCAAAAUACUCUUUUUCCCUGCCUUUCGUUUUUUAUUGCUGUACCCAACCCUGGACCCCUCGCCGGUCUCCUGCUUCCGCCCACCGCUCCCCUCCUGCAGUUCCCGGUGGGCUCCAGUAGGUGGCAGCACGACAUCUGCAGUUUCCUUCACUACGCCUGUCCUGAAAGCCAGGCAGCUCCCACGGCUGUUUCCUGAGCCUCGCUUUACUUUCACUCAUUUUUAUUACAGAAAUAAUAGAUGUCCUUUGAAAAGGGCAGAGAGCUAUACAGAAUUAAAAAGUGGAAACCUUAACCACUACUUUUCCCUCCACCACACACACACUGCGCAGGCUCACUUCCCCAAGGGUUUGUGUGCAUGAACCCUGCUCGCAAGGCAUUUUUCCUUCCUUCCCUGUUGCACACGAGUACGCUUUCUUCGUGUGCUCACGGGAUCACCGCAUGUGCUAUUCUGCAACUUGGCUUGCUUACUCUGUGAGAUACCACGAGUAUCCUUCCACGGAACGGACGGUCUAAGGGCCGUUUUGAGUCUUUUUUGGCUGUGUACAGAAUUGGGUACUUUGGACUUCCGUAAUCUAGGUACCCAUCUCCUUAGUACUGGAUGUGAAUUGGCUCCAGCCUUUGUUCCUGAAAAUUAGGCCACAUUGGACUCAUGUGAAAAGGUCUCAGAAAGAGAACUUUGUAAUUAAAAUGGAUAUCAGGUUCUCCAAACUUUGCAGUUUCCUUCACUUCCUCCUCUUGCUGCUUUGCUUAAAGCUGUCUCUUUCCUCACUUUCCCUGGAGCUCCAGAACUGAGUGCGAGGCGUGGAGCUGGCAGAACAAGGAGAGAAUGAUUGAUAGUGCCUGAUUCAUGCUUUAGAUGGAAAGAGCUAUUUUUAAAGUCAAAUGUUUUGGUGUAAAAUAACUUACAGUAGAAUAUACCCUUUAAGCAUACAGUUUGAAUUUUAGCAAAUUUACGCAGUAAUGAAACUAUGAUGGUAGUCAAGGAAUAGACUGUUCCCACCAGGCCAGUCAACCCCUCUCCCAAGUCCGGCCCUUCACAGCUGCUGAUCUGGUUUCUGUUGUUACAGUUCUGCUUUUUCCAGAAUGUUACAGAAAUGGGAUUAUGCAGUAUGUAUCCUUUUGUGUCUGGUUUUUUAAGCUUUUGUUUUUUAAUGCUUUUGGGAUUCUUUCAUGUUGCAUGUUGUAAGUAGAUGAUACCUGUUUAUUAAUGGGUAGUAGUUCACUUUUAGAUGUACCACUAUUUAUCCAUUCAUCACUCUGGAUAUUGGGAUUUGUUUAUAUCUGUUUUGGCUAUUGCAAAUAAAGCUGCUAUAAAUGUUCA